GACUCUUCUGCCUAGGAGGGGUGUCCUUCUUUCCCGCCUCGCUCCGCCUGAGAGGGCGGUCCCUUGGGUCCCUUCCUCGGGAGGGAGCCAAAGAGGGCGGCCCUGGAGGAGGAGGAGGAGAGGAGGAGAGGAGGGAGGCAGCCGGGGCAAGCAAGCGACAGAGACCGAAGAGGAGGCGGUUGUUGUGUCAGAGAGACAGCGAGAGACCUAGAGCUGAGCCUCCUGCUGCUGCUUCUCCUUCUCCUCCUCUUCUUGAACCAUGGCCGAGGCUCCGGUGGAGACGGACCCGGACUUCCAGCCUCUGCCUCGCCCUCGCUCCUGCACUUGGCCGCUGCCCCGUCCGGAGCUGGGCCCCUCCAGCCCCGCUUCGGCAUCGGCGGCAUCGGGGCCGCAGAGCUCUCCCUCCCGCUGCAGCAGGGCCCUGGGCGCCUGCUCAUCCCCUUCCCCCGGCGGCGGCGGCGGAGGGGACCUCCUCAGCCUCUUGGAGGGCGGCGGCGAGGGCUUCGAAGCGGCGGCGGGAGGCUGCCUCUGCGGGGACUUCCCUUGCCUCCAGCACCAGCACCAGCCUCCGCCGACAGCAGCAGCAGCAGCAGCAGCGCCCCCGCAGGCGUCCUCCCCGCCGCAGGGCGCCUUGGCCUCCCCUUCGUCGUCUUCGGCGCCGUGCCGCAAGAGCAGCUCUUCCCGUCGCAACGCCUGGGGGAACCUCUCCUAUGCGGACCUGAUCACCAAGGCCAUCGAGAGCGCCCCGGAGAAGCGCCUCACCCUCUCCCAGAUCUACGAGUGGAUGGUCAAGAACGUCCCCUACUUCAAGGACAAGGGCGACAGCAACAGCUCCGCCGGAUGGAAGAAUUCAAUUCGUCACAACCUCUCAUUACACAGCAAGUUUAUUCGAGUGCAGAAUGAAGGGACAGGAAAAAGCUCUUGGUGGAUGCUGAACCCAGAAGGAGGCAAAAGUGGAAAGUCUCCCAGGAGAAGGGCUGCUUCCAUGGACAACAGCAGCAAGUUUGCAAAAAGCAGAGGGAGAGCUGCGAAGAAAAAAGCAGCUCUUCAGGCAGGUCAAGAUGGAACUGGUGACAGUACAGGCACCCAGUUUUCAAAAUGGCCUGCAAGUCCCAGCUCUCACAGUAAUGAUGACUUUGAUAAUAACUGGAGUACUUUUAGGCCUAGAGCCAGUUCUAAUGCUAGUACAAUUAGUGGGAGGCUUUCUCCAAUUCUGCCAGAACAAGAUGAUCUUGGAGAAAGCGAUGUACACUCCAUGGUGUACCCUCCAUCAGCAACCAAAAUGGCCUCAACUCUGCCCAGCCUUUCUGAGAUGAGUAGUUCAGAAAACAUGGAGAACCUCUUGGAUAAUCUCAACCUUUUGUCCCCCAACACAACUUUGACUGGAUCAACUCAAUCUCCACCAACUACCAUGAUGCAACAAUCUCCUGGUUAUUCAUAUACUUCAUCAAGCACAAGUAUAAAUUCAGCUAAUACAGACUACAGGAAAUACACUUACAGUCAGCCUAGCAUGAACUCUUUGCCACAGAUGCCUAUGCAAACCAUUCAAGACAGCAAAUCAAGCUAUGGAACCAUUAGCCAAUAUGGUCCCUGCCCUGUAGGACUCCUGAAGGAAUUGCUUACUUCUGAUUCGCCUCCUCACAAUGAUAUCUUGACAUCUGUAGAGACUCAUGUUUCUCAGCCAAGUGGCCGAGUCCUUGGACAGAAUGUAUUAAUGGCCAAUAACUCAGCAAUAUCAUCAUAUGGUAACCAGCAGUCCCAUAAGAAAAUCAUUUCCCUGACCAGUGGUCAUCCCCACCAGGGACACAUACAGUCAACAUCAUCAGUCAACAGCCAUACCUUGUCUCUCACUCUUAGCACUGUGUCUCAUGCUUCAAGUUUAAAUCGACCAUCCACAGCAAAAACCUCAGUACAAGUGCCUAUGAGCCACCCAAUGCAGAUGAACAGCCUCAACCCUUACACCACUGUGAACACCUGCAAUGGUUAUGGAAGAGUGGGGAUUGUCUCUUUCCAUCAGGAGAAGCUCCCUAGUGACUUAGACGAUAUGUUGAUUGAACGAUUGGACUGCGAUAUGGAGUCGAUCAUUCGUAAUGACCUCAUGGAUGGGGAAACAUUAGAUUUUAACUUUGACAGUGUGUUGCCUAAUCAGAGUUUGUCACAUGGUGUUAAAACAACAACACACAGCUGGGUGUCGGGAUAAGAUUGAAAGGCUACACUUGAAAAUACUUCAGACAUCUCUGACUGCAAGAACUAAGCAAGGGAGUCCAAAGAUGUCCUUCAGCUUCUUUGCAAUUUAUUUUAUAAUAUUUCUUUUCCUCUUGUUGGACUUGAUGCCAGAUAGAUGUUUUUCCUGUACAGGAUGUUUGCCAGAUAUUUGCAGGUUGUUUGCUGCUGUAGGUAAGGAAUGUGCAGUUGGAAGUGUCUUUAUUUGGAAGUGCCAAACUCACUACAAUGCCAUAGAAAAGCAGAAAAUACUUGCACUUCAUGUUUUGCAUUAACUGUGUACGGUAUAAGCUGCAAAAUUAAAAUGGGUUCUUUAGGAAUAUUUCAUAUCUAAGCAAAGAUAAAUACUGUGGCAGUCUUUUAUACCUUCAGUUGCUUUUAAUCAAGGCUUACUUUUGAUCUUGCUCAACUCUCACAGAACUGUGUGCAGUUCAGUUAAUUGCCUUAAGUGUAUUAAAACUGCUGCACCUUUUCUAUAAGACCUUAUCAUCAAAUAUGGUCUAACCAAAGUUGUUGGCCAUUCAGCGUUCCACAUCUGAGAACAGACUGAAAGUUUUGCCACCUUUGUUGUUGAUUAUGUAGUAGAUUUACACUGGGGCUGACCUCCAGAUUGACUAAUUUUAUUGAUGUACUUAAAUAAUGAUAUACAUAUUUUUUUACGUCUCUACUUUGUUAUAGAAGCUUCUUAAUAUUUGCGGAAUCCAAGCUAGCUAGCGAAAUUUAUAGUACUUUGUAUACAAUAUUUUAAUAAGAAUAAAGGGAGAGAAUUUAUAUUAGCACUCUGUAAGAUUUGUAAAAAGAAGGUUUCUACUUGUAAAGAAAAAUGGGGUUUUUUUUCUGGCACAAAAGUGAUGUGUAGUUAUAUAUGUACAGAUAAAUUCUGUUACUAUAGUAACACUGACUACCCCAAAAAUUUAAGUAUUGUUAAAUUGGUUUGUAUGUACAUGUCUUCAUAUUUAUAUAAUGGGGAAAUUUCAUGACUUUUUUUACCCAAGGGACAAAAAGUUCACAGCUUAAUAAUAUUCUCAAUAAUAAUACAUUUUAGUUUCAUUUGUUCUUAAUUAUAGGUAUUCUCAUUCUUCCUUUAAGUUUUUACUCCCUCCUCUUUUCAUUUAAAGAUAUUGAAGAGCUGGAACCAACUUUAAGUUACAUUACGGUGUAAUAAUAUAUUUUUGUAACAAUAAAACUUGGUUACAAACAGUGUAUUUUUAAUUAUAUAAUGGUUAUAAUUAUAUAGUUAUAAACAGGUUGAGUCUCCCUUAUCCAAAAUGCUUGGGAUCAGAUGGAUUUUGGAUUUUUUUAGACUUUGAAAUAUUUGCAUAUAUAUAAUGAAAUACCUUGGAGAUGAGACCCAGGUC